GCCACCAUGUGAGACCUCCCCCUCUCCACCGGCGACUGUCUCGUACUGUGUGUGUGUAGAUUUCUCUCCUGAUAAAUAGAAACGUGUGGAGGUUUUUUUUUUAAAUACUUUUUUCCUGACAGAACUAGAGGAAUGAUGCUGUGCUGCUGUGGGAGGCUGGGCGCAGCUGUAAGGCUGUGGAUCACUCUGUGGAUUAUCAGCCCCAGCUGUCUCUUCUACUCUGCACACGCACAGACUAGGAUCCCCACAGAAACGGUUAAACAAUGGGCAGAAGCAUUCGGAGGAGAAAUGUUCUCUCUAGCAACAAAAUACUCAGGUUCCCACCUGCUACAAAAGAAAUACAAGGACGUCGAGUCGAUAAUAAAGAUCGAGGAGGUGGAAGGUUUGGAACUGGUGAAGAAAUUCGCUGAGGAAAUGGAGGCGAUGUUGGGCAGAAAAAUGAAAGCCGUGAAGAGGCUGGUCAGUGCCGCAGAGGAUGCUGACUUGUACCAUGAGUAUAAUGCGUCGUUAGAGUAUGAUUACUUCAACUCUGUGAAGAUCAAUGAGAGGGAUGAAGAUGGCAACUACGUGGAGCUGGGCAGCGAAUUCAUCCUGGAGUCCAACGAGCAUUUCAACGACCUGCCUGUCAACACCUCGCUCAGCAACAUCCAAGUCCCCACCAACGUCUACAACAAAGACCCAGAUAUUCUGAAUGGGGUGUACAUGUCAGAGGCUCUGAACCCCCUGUUUGUAGAUAACUUCGAGAGGGACCCCACCCUUACCUGGCAGUACUUCGGCAGCUUUACAGGAUUCUUCAGGCUCUACCCAGGUAUUAAGUGGCAGCCGGAUGAGAAUGGCGUUAUUGCUUUCGACUGCAGGAACCGGAAUUGGUAUAUCCAGGCUGCCACGUCUCCCAAGGACAUCGUGAUUGUUGUCGAUAUCAGCGGCAGUAUGAAGGGUCUGAGGCUAAGCAUCGCCAAGCACACCAUUACCACCAUCCUGGACACGCUGGGGGAGAACGACUUCGUCAACAUCAUUGCCUACAACGAUUAUGUCCAUUAUGUUGAGCCUUGCUUCAAAGGGACGCUGGUACAGGCAGACCUCGACAAUCGAGAGCAUUUCAAGCUGCUGGUGGAAGAAUUGCAUGCCAAGGGGAUGGGAACAGUGAAGAAGGCUCUGAAAGAGGCCUUCGGCAUCCUCAGUCAGUUUAACGUGACUGGCCAGGGAAGCCUGUGUAACCAGGCUAUCAUGCUCAUCACAGACGGGGCGGUAGAGGAUUACAAGCAGGUGUUUGAAGACUACAACUGGCCCGACCGCAAGAUCCGUGUCUUUACCUACCUGAUUGGACGGGAAGUGACGUUUGCCGACAACGCAAAGUGGAUCGCCUGCAAUAAUAAAGGCUACUACACUCAGAUCUCCACGCUGGCCGAUGUGCAGGAGAAUGUGAUGGAGUACCUGCAUGUCCUGAGCCGGCCCAUGGUCAUCAACCACGACCAUGACAUCAUCUGGACAGAGGCCUACAUGGACAGCGCACUCUUUGCCUCUCAAGCCCAGAGUCUGCUCCUCAUGACAACAGUGGCCAUGCCAGUCUUCAGUAAGAAGAAUGAAACCCGUUCGGAGGGGAUUCUGCUGGGGGUGGUGGGGUCCGACGUCCCUCUCGGGGAGCUGCUGAAGCUGGCUCCCAGGUACAAGCUUGGAGUUCAUGGCUAUGCGUUUCUGAACACAAACAAUGGUUACAUUCUCUCACACCCUGAUCUGCGACCUCUGUACAAAGAAGGGAAGAAACUGAAGCCCAAGCCAAACUACAACAGCGUGGACCUGGCCGAGGUGGAGUGGGAGGACACUGAUGAAGUACUGAGGACAGCAAUGGUGAAUGGAGAGACAGGGGCUUUCUCCAACGAUGUGAGGAUGCCAGUGGAGAAAGGGAGAAGAGUACUGUUCCUGACCAAUGAUUAUUUCUAUACAGUUAUCAAGGAGACCCCAUUCAGCCUGGGUGUCGUUCUCACCAGGGGGCAUGGGGAAUACAUCUUCGUUGGGAACAUCUCUGUGGAAGAAGGCCUGCAUGACUUGCAGCAACCAGAUUUGACUUUAGCUGAUGAGUGGAUUUACUGUGUGACGGAUAUCGACCCACACCAUCGCAAACUCUCCCAGCUUGAGGCAGUCAUCCGCUACCUCACAGGAGUGGAACCUGAUCUGGAAUGUGACGAGGAACUGGUACAGGAAGUGCUGUUUGAUGCCGUUGUUACCGCCCCUCUGGAAGCCUAUUGGACAGCUUUGGUUCUCAAUUCUUCCAACUCAGGGGAUGGUGUUGAGGCGGCUUUCCUGGGCACUCGAGCUGGGCUGGUCCGAUUCAGCCUGUUUGUCGGCUCUGAAAAGCGUGUGAAUAAGAAGUUCUUGACGAAGGCAGACAAGGACAGCAUCUUCACCAUGGAUCACUUCCCUUUGUGGUACCGACGCGCGGCUGAGCACCCUUCAGGCAGCUUCAUCUACUACAUCCCCUACGAGGAGGGGCAAGAGCAGAAGUCCAGUACUGUGAUCGCCAGUACAGUCGUGUCAGUCACAGUGAACAAAAAGAUGGCCAUCGCUGCAGCCAUAGGAAUUCAGCUCAGGCUGGAGCUGCUGGAGAAGAAGUUCUGGACAGCCACAAGACAGCCCAACGACACGGAUUGCAGCACAAUAGACGGAAUGUGCCCUAUCAGCUGUGAUGACGAUAAUCUGAACUGCUAUCUCAUUGACAGCAACGGCUUCAUCCUGGUCUCCAAAGACAAAAAAGAGGCAACUAAGUUCCUUGGAGAAGUGGAUGGGUCAGUGAUGCAGCAGCUCCUCAAUACAGGAAUGUUCAAACAAGUGACGCUAUACGAUUACCAGGCGAUGUGUAAGAUAGGCUACCACCACCACAGCGGAGCCAGACCCCUGCUCAGCCCUUUCUAUGGUCUACUGGUGGCUCUCAAGUGGUUCCUCAGCAAUGUAUUCCUGUUUCUGAUGGAGUUUAAUUUCUGUGGGUUUUGGCAUUCAGACAGCAUUGUGGAUGCCAAGUCUGUCUUCCAUGCAUCUCACAAGCACAAGAAACACGACAUGCUGCAGCCGUGCGACACGGAGUAUCCAGCCUUCGUGUACGAGCCCUCCGUCAAAGAGACCAACAGCCUGAUCGAGUGCGGGACCUGCCAAAAGAUGUUCGUGGUUCAGCAGAUCGCUAACAGUAACCUGCUGCUGCUGGUGACUCAAGCCGACUGUGACUGCAGCCUCUACCCACCAAUCACACUCGAACCACAUGAAGUCAAAUAUAACGCCUCAGUGAAGUGUGACAGGAUGCGCUCCCAGAAGAUCAGAAGGCGUCCAGAUUCCUGCCACUCUUUCCAUCCUGAGGAAAAUGCACAGGACUGUGGGGGAGCCUCAGAAAUGUCUCUCUCUUUGCCCCUCUUCAUAUUGUCGCUCUGCUCUGUGGCUGCUGUGUUGCGGUGAUGGGAAGCGCUUCACCGUCUCUUCUGUGACUCUUCCAGGAGAACCUGAAUGAAGACUGCAUGCAACAAUUUGUUUGUUUGGUUAUUUAGUUUCCUUUCACGUGCAAAAUGUAGCCAUUGACCAUAUGGUAAUGGUUACAUUUUUAUUUCAAGGAACCAGGGUUAUGAUAAUAACUUAACAUUCUGUUUUGUUUAAAAAAAAGUGCAACAAGCAAAGAACUGAAUGUACUGGUAUCUGGGAGGUUUUGGACGUCUGGAAGUCUUUCAGUUUCAAAUAGACCUCUUGGGUGUCUCAAGAUGGUAAAAUGACUUCCAAACCAGAGACGAAAAAACUUGAGAUAUUCAAUGAAAUCAUUCCAUACGCUUGCAUUGCACUGUGUGGUCCCAUCCUGUCUAGAAAUACCAACUCAGUGUGAUGUUGCUUAUAGUGGACAGCUUUCCAAUUCCUUUUGACUAUUUUGAGCUCCAUGUUAAGCUUUCCUCCAGCAGAUCUCAACAAUGGGAAGGAUGCCAGACUUUGCUGUUUAAAGGAAUAUACAGUAAACUCUUAAUCACUGUAUCAAAUGGAUUUACUGUUUUGAGGGUUGAAUCAGUAGAUUCUGCUCAACUAUGGGCUGGCAUGUCAAAAUGAGUAACCUUUACUAUCCAAGCCACUGGUGGACUUUUAGACUUUAUUUCCCACUCCUGUAUGGAUUUCAGCAUUCAGAGUUGAUAAUACCUUUUGUCAAGUCCUAUUACAAAUAUAGAAAUGUGAAUAAUAGCAUUCUGAAACAGAAAACUAGGUCCAGUGUGUCCUGGUGUUUAAUCCUGCAUGGGCUAUUAGCCAAGAGGCUGGGUUAGCCAGCUUUUCUCAUGCGACCUGUCUGGCGCAUCAUUAACGUUUAUCAUUAUAGCUACUUUAUCGAAUGAACAAGACGUUUUUUAUAUACUGUGCAAGAAAUA